AUGCCCCUAGAACUCGGCAAGUGGCACAACACAUUGAUACAAAUGGAUUCGGCCGUAGUUGAAAACAAUCCAGUUAAUAUAAUGGAAGGGCAAGUUUACGUUUACGAGAAUUACUUUCCCGGGCACAUCAUAAAGUACAUACACGUGGAUAAUCUGGCUCAGAAAACUUGCGGCGCUAGUGCGCAGAUUAAAGAUGGCGGCAUUGGGAAAAAUAGUGUUAUGGUCGUUCUUCACGCCGGGGCCAAUCAGGAAAUAAGGUCGGUCGUGGACGUGUGGGGGGUUAAGGACGCGAGUUUGCCUCGAGUGACCUUGAGGCGUUAUAUGGACGAAAACUCCAAAUACAUGAAAUCACUUUACCUUUUCCAAGGAUUGAGAACUUUGAAUCACAAUUGAGGAUUUUAAUUUUAUUUCUGUUACGACU